GGAAAUUAGUCAGUCUUAGGUUACAUUUCUUGAAGAACUAAUUCUACAUCUUCCGUUAUGUGGACCCGGUACGCAUUAGUAUUGUUCGCGCUGAUGGGCAUGGCCUACUGCUACCCUGAAGGUCGCGUCGUCAAUGGUACAUCGACAACCAUUGAAAAAUAUCCGUUUAUGGUAUCAUUGCGCGGUUCGACUGGUUCCCACUCAUGCGGUGCAAGCAUCAUAGCGCCACGUUGGAUACUCACCGCAGCACAUUGUGUUUACGGCGGCAGACCCACAUCCAUUAGCAUACAAUACGCGUCGACAGUGAUCAGUUCCCAAGGCGCCAAUGUGGCGAAGGUGAAACGCAUCAUUUGGCACGAGAACUAUUCGAGUUACUACAUUACGAAUGACGUCGCGUUGUUGGAGCUCUUCGGUCAGUUGGUGUUCAAUUAUAAUACCAUUGCACCGGUUACAUUGCCAGCACAGGACUAUGAGAUACCACAGGUUGCAGAGGGCGUGCGCGGUGUUUUGGCCGGUUGGGGUUUGAAUGGCACUGGCGGCUAUAUCCAAACAACUUUGCAAGAAGUUGGUCUGAAGAUCUACUCCGACGAAGAGUGUAUCGCACGCCACAACAACGAAACAACUGUUCACAAUAUUUGCGGUGGUGUCGAUGAAGGUUGGAAGGGUCAAUGCAGUGGCGAUUCCGGCGGUCCUCUGCUCUCUGAGGACAACGUUCAAUUGGGCAUUGUGUCUUGGAGUAUCAAACCAUGUACAGUACCACCAUAUCCCGGUGUAUACACAAAGGUUUCUCAUUACGUUGAUUGGAUUAGGGAGAACUGUGAAUCAUGUAUAAAAGUGCGGUUUCUGUCUAGAAGUGAAUUGAUAAAUGAACGUAAUACAAUGUGGACUCGGCGCGCGAUAAUUAUUUUUGCUCUCUUAAGCGCGGUUGCUUGUUUUCCCGAUGGACGCAUUGUUAACGGUACAGCGACUGUGAUUGCCAAAUAUCCAUUUAUGGUCUCUCUGCGCUUGGCGAAGGGCGCACAUACUUGCGGUGCGAGCAUCAUUGCGCCCCGCUGGAUACUUACGGCCGCGCAUUGCGUGUACCAGCGCGAGGCCAAGGAUCUCAGCAUACAGUUCGCCGCAACGGUAAUCAGUCGAUACCAAGGCGACUUCGCGCCAGUCGAACGUAUUAUAGUGCAUGAGAAUUACACGCCGGGCGGCUCAUAUGCCAAUGAUAUUGCCCUGAUAAAACUAUAUAACGGUCUGGUUUAUGAUUAUGUGCGUGUGGCGUCAGUUGCAUUACCGGAUCCAUAUUUUGAGGUGCCGCAGACGGAGACAGGUGCCGCUGGUGUGCUGCUCGGUUGGGGUUUGAAUGCAUCUGGCGGCGUCAAUACGCCAACACUGGAGGAUGUCCACCUGAAAGUGUAUUCCGAUUGCGUGUGCGGCACACGUCUUGGUGGCCAGACUGAUGCCAAUCAGUUAUGUGCUGGCGUAGAUGAGGGCGGCAAGGGCCAGUGCACCGGCGAUUCCGGUGGUCCUCUGCUCUAUAAGGGCAGCAUACAGUUGGGUAUCGUAUCGUGGAGCGUGAAACCGUGUGGCGUCAAGUAUUAUCCGGGCGUUUAUACAAAAGUUUCACACUAUAUUGGCUGGAUACGUAAUCAUACCGAUGCAGUUGUUUGAAUUUAGUAGAAAUAUAUAUGUAUGACUAUGCCUUGCCAUACUUAAUUGUAAACCGUUAUUUGUUACCUUUUUAGCUUUUUCUU